GCUCAAACUAUGGAAAAUACUGAAGAACGUCCGGUGAAUCCGCCAAAAGAAGCAAAAAUUGCCAUGGAUGAUCGGCAGCAACAUCAAGGCGAAUCGCAAUUCAAGCGCACACUGUCGCAGUUUUGCGCAAUAGCAGCAUCGAGUCUUCUGACAUUGUCUCUCGGCAUGAGCAUCGGCUUUUCCACGAUACUCAUACCCGAACUCUACAGAGAGAACGCAGAGGUCAUAGUGACUAUCGAGGAACUCACGUGGAUCAGUAGCCUCAACUACUUUGCCAUUCCACUCGGUGCAAUUAGUAGUGGACCAAUAUCCCACUAUUUCGGUCGCCGUACGACCUUGACAAUCUCAACAAUCCCAUAUAUCGGUUCAUGGCUGCUCCUCCGUUUCUCCGGCUCACACGUGUGGCCAAUCUUCCUUGGAUUCCUGAUGCUCGGAGCAACCGGUGGAGUGGUCGAGGCACCGGUUCAAGUUUACGUAACGGAAAUCAGCGAGCCGAGAUUGAGAGGAUCGAUUUCGGCCUCGGUUUCAGCGACCAUUCUACUGGGAAUAUUUUUGCAAGUGCUGUUUGGCAGUUUCAUGUACUGGCGAACUUUGGCUUUGGCUAAUCUGGCAUUUCCCGUGGCGGCUUUCGUUGCACUUUGCUUGGUGCCUGAAAGUCCAUACUGGCUCGCGAACCGAAACCGCCACGACGAGGCUCAGUGUGCUCUGGCCUGGUUACGCGGUUGGACAACACCAGCGAGCGUCACCCAUGAGUUCCAAACAAUUCUCGACUCGUCGACCGCGAAACAUCGCCAUCACGAUGAAUCUUCAUGGACGCGUUACUUUCGUCGCUCGGUGCUCGUCCCCUUCGCCAUUGUCAGCUUUGCAUUCUUCAUCGGAUGUUUCAACGGUAGUAUAUCGGUGCAGACCUACGCUGUUCUAAUGUUCAACAAACUCGAUUCACCAGUGGACGAUCACACCGCGGCGAUCAUACUCACGGGAUUGCAAUUGAUCGCGUCGGUAUUGCUUGUGUUUAUUGUGCCAAAAGCUGGAAAAAGAAAACCGAUCUUAGCGUCAUUGGCAGUUGCUGGCCUUAGCGUCCUGCUUGUGGCUGUGUGCGCUUUUUUGAGGGAUCAUAAGCUGAUGGAACUCAAGACAACGGGUUACAGCUGGAUCCCCUCGAUAGCAGUUGUAAUAGCAAUCGUCGCCACGGCACUUGGAAUAAAAAGUAUCCCGUGGAUUCUCGCUGGCGAGGUGUUUUCAAACGACGUGCGUGGUGUUGCCACUGGACUCGUAGGUUCAACUUGUAACAUCUACGCUGCUCUGGCCAGCAAAAUAUUCCUUUACAUGCUUGAUGAAAUGACACUAGCUGGCAGUUUUCUAUUUUUCGCUUUUGUCAAUCUUAUUGGGAUUCUCGUUCUUUAUUGGACUUUGCCGGAGACUGAGGGAAAGACUCUUGCUGAGAUUCAGAGGCAGUUUUCUGUGAAGAAGAAAGCUUGACUGAACUUUCGGGUUUACAAUUUUGUAGCCACGUUGUUGCGAUAUACUCAUAUGGGACUUUUCUCCUUAUGAGAUGAUUAUUUUUUACUUUUUUUAAACAAUUUUUCAUUGACGAAAUGAGAAUCGUUGGAAUUAUUAUUUUUAUUGUUUACAAUUUAAUUUAUUAGAUUAUAAUAUUCGUACGAUCAGUUUUAUGCAUGUUCUUAGAUAUUUAUAUUCUUUUGAUGCUACGUUAACUGCGAAAUUUGUUAAUUUGUUUAACAAUUACAAAUAAUGUUUUUACUUUUAUAUUAUUCACAUAUAUUUUUCAUUAAUUUAAAAAGGAUGAAUCACAAAUUAUUAUAGGGUUAGAACACAGUUGAAACCAUUACAAAUCUUCGAAUUGAAUAAUUCUGGUGAUCAUGUUACACAGACAUCUGGUUUAUAAAAUCUUAUUUCGUAUGCAAAUAGGUCGAUAAAUCUGAUGUUCGCCGAAACACUCAGAAUGUCUCUAUGUUCCAGUGAUCCCGUUACUCAUUCCAAAAUUUAUUAAAAGCGGAUUGCCUCGAGGGUGAUAAAAAUCAUUCACUCAAUAUCGCGUCAGAAUAAAAUUUACAUGCUAAUUGUAUUUGCCUGCUGGAAUAAUUU